UAGAAACAACGUAAAGAAUAGUCAACCAAAAAACUAACAAAUUGAUCCAUUGUGGCAAUAAUUAAGAGAUGUGCACGUUGGCCAGUUCUGUGGCUGCUCCACAAUUAGUUGAAAAUGAUCUCACUUCCAUUUUCCAUCGGCGCACACACUCCCUUGAAUAAUCUCACAACCCUAUCAGGAUUGCCGAACAAAUUUUACGCCGUCAAAUUUGACGAAAGCAAACAUUUCAAAACAAAUUCGCCCUUUUUAAGCAGAAGAGAAACAAUUGCCGUUGGUACCGGCCUCGGCUUCAGCUUCCUUCCGCUUCUUAACCCUCUGCCGGAGCCAGCGGCGGCCGAUAGAGGUGGUGCCACCGCGGACCCGUGCGAGCUAACGGCAGCUCCGUCAGGGCUGGCGUUCUGCGACAAGGUUAUUGGUACCGGACCCGAAGCUACUAAAGGCCAGCUGAUUAAGGCACAUUAUGUGGGGAGGCUGGAAAAUGGGACGGUGUUUGAUAGCAGCUACAAUAGGGGAAAGCCUCUCACAUUCCGUGUUGGUGUGGGCGAGGUGAUCAAAGGAUGGGACGAGGGAAUUGUAGGCGGAGAUGGAGUUCCAGCCAUGCUUGCUGGAGGAAAACGACAAUUGAGAAUUCCUCCUGAACUUGCAUAUGGUACGAGGGGAGCAGGCUGUAGAGGAGGAUCAUGCAUUAUCCCGCCUGAUUCAGUUCUGUUGUUCGAUGUGGAGUUCAUUGGAAAGGCUUAGAAAACUAUAUAUUUGUUUAUGAUUUUGGAGCAAGGGGCACGAGGAAAAGCUGGGUAAGAAUUGUUAUUUGACAUCCAUCUUUUCGUAUUAGCUAUGGGAGCAUGGCCGGAACUUGUUGUUUUGCAUGUACAUCAACUGAAACAUGUAUCAUACUCAUGCUAGCUUCGACAUCUAAUCAGAUAGUCCGUAGGUUUUAUAUGUAUUUAUUUGAACAUAAAAAAGACCGCACCAAAAAAUUAUGUAUAAAUGAAAAGGUUAACUAUAUAUCUUUACGGUGAUACUGAUAUUGUCUGCUUUAUGUCCUUGGGUUAUAUAUAGAACAUCGUUAUUUCCA